UGCCCACUCACCAGCCAGUGAAAUCCAUGGCAUCCACUCUGUUGCACUGCUGCAACUGUUAUGGAGGCUUAUAUGAUUGCCACAAACAGCUUCCAGAGCAGACCCUUCAGUCUUCCAAAGCAGACAGUAGCUUCCAGAUAUAGAAUUCAACAGAAUUCUUCAGUGAGCUCCAGAUCAUCCACCUUUGACUGGAUCAUCCAGCUAUCUAGCACGGAGACAGCUCUUUUAUAUUCUUCCACACCUGCCUCUACAGACGGUCAUUCCUAGGAGAUUUACAGAAGCCAUGACCCUGGAUCUCCUGUGUCUGGGCUUCACCUUGUUGGGGAUCCUACAAGCCCAAGCUCAGGAUCCCCCUCCAGCUCUGCCCAUGAAACCAUCUCUGUACAAGGUUCCCCUGAAACCUAACUUCCAGGAUGACCAGUUCCAGGGGAAGUGGUACACGAUAGCUGUGGCAGACAAUGUAAUGCGGUUUGAAAAUGUAACCCAGAUAAAUAUGUACAGCACCAUCUUCCAGCUGAAAGAUGACCAUAGCUAUGAUGUGAGCUCCAUUAUGUUCAGUGGAGAAGAUUGCCAACACUCAUUCAGAACUUUUGUCCCAACUGUACUGCCUGGCCAAUUCACCCUGGAAAAUAUGACAAGUUUUGAUGGAGUACAGAGCUACAUGGUGAGAAUGGUAGCCACUGACUAUGAUAGGUUUGCUGUCAUAUUCCUGGAGACCAUUUAUAAAAGCAGAAUAUACAUUGAAAUCAUCCUCUUGGGGAGAACCAAGCAGCUGAGUCCUAGAUUGAAGAAGAGCUUCUUCAAAUUUUCCAAAUCUUUUGGCCUCACUAAGAAGGACAUUAUCUUCACUGACCCUAUCGAGCAGUGCAUUGAUUUUCUCUGAAAGAGAAAGAGAAGUGUCUCCUCUGUCUACAUCCCAUGCUCAUUCUGACACUCACAUGCAAGGUACCAUCUUACCAGCCAACCACCUGCCAUGACAGUUGGAGAACUAGAAGACCUAAUAGUGCAGUAUUGCUUCUCCCAACCCCUUGCUGGCCACAACAGAAAGUCAUACCUGAUGGGACCCCUGUGGUCUGCUUAUCUGCUUAAUAAACACAAAG